AUGGCGGGAGGCAAGAUAAGGAAGGAGAAGCCAAAGGCGUCGAAUCGAGCUCCGUCGAACAAUUACCAAGGAGGAAUAUCCUUCCACAAAUCCAAAGGACAGCAUAUCCUCAAGAACCCCCUGCUCGUCGAUUCGAUCGUCCAGAAAGCCGGGAUUAAGAGCACCGAUGUCAUCCUCGAGAUCGGUCCCGGUACCGGAAACUUGACCAAGAAGCUUCUCGAAGCUGGUAAGGAAGUUAUCGCCAUCGAGCUCGAUUCUCGUAUGGUUCUCGAGCUCCAGCGCCGUUUUCAAGGAACUCCCUAUUCCAACCGCCUCAAGGUAAUCCAAGGAGAUGUGUUAAAGACGGAGCUUCCAAGGUUUGACAUAUGUGUGGCGAACAUUCCGUAUCAGAUAUCAUCGCCACUGACAUUCAAGCUGCUCUUCCACCAAUCAAGCUUCAGAUGCGCUGUGAUUAUGUACCAAAGAGAGUUCGCUAUGAGGCUCGUUGCUCAGCCUGGAGACAACCUCUACUGCCGUCUCUCUGUCAACACUCAGCUCUACGCCAGAGUCUCCCACCUCCUCAAAGUCGGCAAGAACAACUUCCGUCCGCCUCCCAAGGUCGACUCCUCUGUUGUUCGGAUCGAGCCGAGGAGGCCACAGCCUACGGUUAACAAGAAGGAGUGGGAUGGCUUCUUGAGAGUCUGCUUCAUCAGGAAAAACAAAACCCUCGGGGCUAUUUUCAAGCAGAAGUCUGUUCUUUCCAUGCUCGAGAAGAACUACAAGACUCUUCAGGCCGUGCUUGCUUCCUUGCAGAACAAUGGCGAAGCUGCUGCUCUCAACACCACCACCACGAGCAUGGAUCUUGGUGACCAGAGCAUGGGACUCGAAGAUGACGAUGAAAUGGAUGAUGAUGAUGAGGAUAUGGAGAUGGAUGAAGGACAAGGAGGACAAGCGUCAGAGUUCAAGGAGAAAGUGAUGAAUGUGUUGAAGGAAGGCGAUUUCGAGGAGAAGAGAUCUUCAAAGCUUUCACAACAAGAGUUUUUGUAUCUUCUUUCCUUAUUCAACAAGUCCGGUAUUCACUUCUCAUAA